UGCGUUUCUCAAGCACCACCCUUGCUCUCCUCUCCCUGCUCACCAUCGCCCUCGCAGCACCCAUCGAUGAUGGGUUGAUCGCCGGGCGUAGUGUUGGGGUUGUGGAGCGCGAAGCCGUACCACCGUCCUGGAGGCGUGACGCAGAGGCCGAAGCAGCACCACUAGCCUGGAGACGAGAGGCAGUACCGCCGUCGUGGAGGCGCGACGCAGCGGCGGAGGCAGCACCACCGCCAUCAUGGAGACGAGAGGCUGCACCCCCUUCCUGGCGACGGGAGCCCAACGUUGAGGCGGCCGCCGCACCCCCCUCCUGGAGACGCGAACCAGAAGCAGAAGCGCAGGGUGGGAGGCCUCCCCCUGGCUGGAGACGCGAGCCCGACGCCGCUGCUGGACCCCCUUCAUACCCACCUGGUUGGAGACGCGAGCCCGACGCCAAAGCCGCCCCUCCCGACUGGAGACGUGAAGCUGGCCCUCCUGACUGGAGACGCGAACCCGAGGCCGAAGCAGCACCACCCCCCAGUUGGAGACGAGAGGCGGAGGCUGCCCCACCCAGUUGGUAAC